AUGUUAUUGAAGAAUGUACACCUGAAACUGUACAUGAUAGCAACACACAAUUCAAUGAGAGCGAAGAGGACAGCGUACCAGAGACGCCGCAAUAUCCUCCACCAGUUCCCGAACUUGAAAUCCAACCAGGUUGUUGCACGAGCGACUCGAAUUUGGUCAGUUGCGGAAGAUGAAACUCUGAUUGGGUUGUACUUGGAGAUCAGUGAGAAUGCUAUUAAAGGCACGAGCCAGAAAGCAACUUCCCUUUGGCGCGAUGUACACGCAGCAUAUCAACUUGCUCAUGCGGAGAAGCCGCAUAUACUUCCACCAAGACCUAUGAAGAGUCUGACGUCGCACUGGAGAAGGUUGGCAGCAGACACACUACAGUGGAUAUCUUGCUAUGAUGAAGCAGGUAGACUUCCGGAGGGAGGGAGUGGUUACAACGAAGCUGACCGUAUAAAAAGUGCGUCGAAGCUUUUCCAUCUCGCCCAAGGUCGUAAUUUCGCUUUUCCUCACGCUGUUGAAAUGCUUAAUAGAGAUCCAAAGUGGAGGCCAAAGCUGAGAUGGUCCUUGUCAAAGGAGGAAAGAAAAGCUGUUCGUGAUGUUGAGGAGCAAGGUAGUGCUGGAAGUGGGAAGAGGUCCAGAGAUGAUGGAGGGAUGAAACCCCUACGGAUGGUUUUUCAUCUGGAGGAAUACAACGACCCGAAGGUGUGA